GUCAUACAUUGUAAGUGGUUAGGGAGGAGUUCCUUCAGGGAAACCAGAGCAGCCCUGCUCGGGGAAGCUGGCUUGGAGUGCUUGGCUCCAAUUCAAGGGGGGAGAGCCUUGGACUGUGAAAUCUGAGUGGACUCCCCGUUCUGGAGUGCCCCAUGGUGUGGUGUUGCCUCUUUGUUCAUCGCCAGCGGAAACGGAAGCAGAGUACUCAAGAUGAGGACGCCGUCAGCCUGUGUAGUCUGGAUGCAAGUGAGCCAAGUAACAAACGGGUCAAGCCCCUGUCCAGAGUCACGUCGCUGGCGAACCUCAUCCCUCCUGUGAAGGCCACUCCGCUGAAACGAUUCAGUCAGACUCUGCAGCGUUCGAUCAGCUUCCGCAGCGACAGCCGCCCUGACAUCCUCGCCCCUCGACCCUGGUCCAGAAAUGCCGCUCCUGCAAGCACCAAGCGAAGGGACAGCAAGCUAUGGAGUGAGACCUUUGAUGUGUGUGUCAAUCAGAUGCUUACCUCCAAGGAGAUCAAACGUCAAGAGGCAAUAUUUGAGCUUUCCCAAGGAGAAGAGGACUUGAUAGAGGACUUGAAAUUAGCAAAAAAGGCCUAUCAUGACCCCAUGCUUAAACUCUCCAUAAUGACAGAGCAAGAAUUAAACCAGAUUUUUGGAACCCUGGACUCUCUAAUCCCUCUGCACGAAGAUCUUCUUAGUCAGCUUCGAGAAGUCAGGAAGACGGACGGAUCUACUGAGCAUGUUGGCCCUAUCCUGGUGGGAUGGCUGCCAUGCCUCAGCUCCUACGACAGCUACUGCAGUAACCAGGUCGCGGCCAAGGCGUUGCUGGACCACAAGAAGCAGGACCACCGCGUGCAGGACUUUCUCCAGCGCUGCUUGGAGUCGCCCUUCAGUCGGAAGCUGGACCUCUGGAAUUUCCUCGAUAUCCCCCGAAGUCGGCUAGUAAAGUACCCACUGCUUCUGCGAGAAAUACUGAGGCACACUCCAAACGAUAACCCAGACCAGCAACACCUGGAGGAGGCCAUAAACAUAAUUCAGGGGAUCGUGGCGGAGAUCAACACCAAGACUGGAGAAUCAGAAUGCCGCUAUUAUAAGGAGCGGCUGAUCUAUCUGGAAGAGGGACAGAAGGACUCUUUGAUUGACAGCUCCAGGGUACUGUGUUGCCAUGGUGAACUGAAGAACAGCAGGGGUGUGAAGCUACACGUCUUCCUGUUUCAAGAAGUUCUUGUCAUCACGCGGCCUGUCACCCACAAUGAGCAGCUGUGCUACCAACUCUACCGGCAGCCAAUCCCCGUGAAGGACCUUCUGCUGGACGACCUGCAGGACGGAGAGGUGCGCCUCGGGGGCUCCAUCCGAGGGGCCUUCACCAACAACGAGAGAAUUAAAAACUUCUUCCGCGUCAGCUUCCGGAAUGGCUCCCAGAGCCAGUCUCACUCCCUGCAGGCCAGCGACACCUUCAACAAGCAGCAGUGGCUCAAUUGCAUCCGUCAAGCCAAAGAGACAGCCGUGUGUGCCGAGGGCCCCCAGGAGCCUGCUCCACUGCCCACCCCCCUCGGCGGAGAGGCCAAACCGGAGCAAAUGGACCAGUCAGGCAGCGAGUCAGACUGUAGCAUGGACACGAGCGAGGUCAGCCUGGACUGCGAGCGCAUGGAACAGACAGACUCUUGCAGCAGCAGCAGCAAACAGAUAGAAAGCAACGUUUGACAGGAACCUCUCCGUCCUUCCGGGUCUGCUCACCUGUACAGCAUUUCAGCAUUUGCAUUCCACGGAGGAACGGUUUUGGAGAAGCACUUUUGAACUCGAUGACAGGGUGUCGGAGGCCCCCUGUCUUUGUCCUUUAGCUGCCGGCCUGCAGGCUGGACCCCAGGGCAACAUCGUUUCAAGUUGUUUUCCAGGAGUGUCUGUGUCGUCUAUGAGUUACUUUCACUUGUCCAGCUGGGACAAAAGGAAUGUCAGAACGACUGAUGUUUCCUGAGAGCUCCUCUGGGUGCCAGGCACGGAAGGGAGAGGGGAGGCAAAGAGUUUCCCAGGUGUCUCCAAUAGUCCCCUUAUGGAAGGUCGUGAUAACAUCUGAGAAACAAAGGCAGGACCAGGAAGUCAGUGACUCUGAUUCACCUCGGGUCAAUCCCGUGCGUGGUCUUGGGCCAUAGCGAUGACCAAACUGUGUCACUGGGAAUCCUGGCCAAUGAAUUUUCCAAUGAGUGAAUGUAGUGAACCUCGAAUGGGCCUUGUCCUUGGUCCUUUUGUACCCCCAGAUGGACACACCAAGAUGUGGGAAUGAAAAGCUGAUUUAAAAAGGAAAAAAAAAACCCUUCAGGAUAGUGGUGAUGGCUCUGUUUACAAGUCCAAGACAGGGAAGAAAGGCUUGGGAGGGCAAAUUACUCUUCCUUGACCUUUAGGGUUUGAGUUGGGAAUGUUGGAACUGAAAUCAUGAAUCCAUUUUCCAUCUGGGAAACUACCACCCCCUCCUUCAUCUCUGCCUCAGGGCUCGCUCCGUCGUGGCCUCUGGCCCUGUGCUGUGACCAGAAUCAGUCUUUGUGUUUCCCAGGUCCUGAUUCAGUUAAUUCUAGAGGGAAUUUGAAUCAGGUCUCUCACAUAUAUGGCCCACCAACCUGUGGAGGCCUGUCCCAAGGGCCAGAGACACUUGCCCAUCGUCAUCAUCUUUGUCAUCAUCAUCAUCAUCGAUUGGCAGGGCAGGGUGGGAUGUGAGCUUUAAGUAAGUACGCUAAAUACACUGAAAUUCUCCCUUAGAGUGUAAAUAUUAAGGCUGAACUGUGCAAAACUAUACCCACACCAGCACUAGUAGUAAUAAUGCUAAGUUAUUGCCAAAAAUGGGUGGUUGUUUUUUUGGUUUUUUUUAUCUUAUGUGUCUUACAAGUUUACAAAAAAGAAAGGGGAUAAAUAUAAUGUGUCAAUUUACCUUGUACAUAUCUCAUGUGCAUUAAAGGAAUUUGUGUGACAAGAUAAUCAAUAUAAAAAAACCCAAGGUAUAAGUACGUUAUUAUUUUAAAAAGAAACAAACUAUUGUGCUCAAUUUUUCCCUGUAAAACCUAUUUCUGUAUUUAUAGAUUUUAAACAAGGUGACUUUUUUUUCUAUUACAAGUUUAUUUAAAAGUGGUUUGUUUCUCAAGGGGAGCAGUAGAUGUGCUGAGUAACAGCCUACUGCUACUAAAAGCAGGCAGGAGGAAAGAGGCUGUUUGGAAGAGGUAGGAGAGAAGCAUCCUUUAAGGAGACCAUGGACCCCGGGCUGGCCGGAGUGUUGGGAAAAGAGGCCACACCUGCUUGGCCCUGGGAAAGAAAGGCAUUGAAGGCUCUGAUGAAGAAGAAUGUUUUUUUGUGUAAUGGCCUUAAACUUUUCUGGAAGCAUUUCAAAUAAAUUAAAUUAAAUGGU